GAAUCAUUCAAGAGUUCAACUCGAUACAACAGUGUCGCGAAACGGUUUAGACUCCUCCACUCAUUUCGAUUUUCAACCGGCUGUAGAAACUCUAUGGACAAGAGAAUCCUCCGAAAAUCAAUUGCCCGAGUAGUUUCGAACCACGCGUCAACGCCGACAGAAGAUGUUACGGUUUGGAAGCUCUCUCGGCCGCUUGGCUCAAGAACAUUUGGAAAAAUCACUCCUUGCCAAAUCUAGAAUCGCCGCUUGGGAUCGCGGAGUUAAAACUCUCCGAUUGGACUCUCAUCAGGACGGGAUCUCGGCAGGAUUGGGGCGGAGAGAAUUUUCAACGGAGACCUGCGAACCGAGGAAAACUUGCCUCCAUGACUUGCAUGUCGAACAAAACGGAAAAAUAGUAAAUUUUUCCGGAUGGCUGCUGCCGGUGCAGUAUCGGGACGCAAUCGCCGUUUCUCAUCAGCACACGAGAACUUACGCGUCGCUAUUCGACGUCGGUCACAUGAUGCAAACUAUAGUAGCGGGCAAGAACGCAGGUGAAUAUUUGGAAUCGUUGACAACGAUUGAUCUGAAAAAUCUCGCCCCAGGAGCCGCCAGUUUAACAGUAUUUACCAAUGAGAAUGGCGGCAUCCUCGAUGAUCUCAUCGUCACUAAAGAUGACGAGGACAAAUAUUUCGUCGUUUCUAAUGCCGGAAGGAGGAACGAAGACUCACUUUUGAUGAAUCAACGAAAAGACGACUUCGAGAGGCAUGGGAAAAGCGUUGACCUACGAUACCUCGACCCCUUGGAGCAGGGCUUGAUCGCUCUUCAAGGGCCAACAGCAGCUCAAGCGCUCCAACGACUCGUGGAUUUCGACUUGCAAAAGCUCAAAUUCAUGAACAGCCACCGAGCAAACAUCUCUAACUUCGAAACGAGAAUAUCGAGAUGCGGUUACACCGGCGAAGACGGUUUCGAAAUUUCGGUCGGUGGGAAAGACGCGAGGAGCUUGGUCGAAAUGAUCCUCGAGAACAGCGACGUCAAAAUGGCCGGACUUGGCGCACGCGACAGUUUGAGACUCGAAGCUGGACUUUGUCUUUACGGGCACGACAUUGACGAAGGAACUACUCCGGUAGAAGCUGGUCUGACAUGGCUCGUUGGAGCAAUAAAAUUUUGUUACUUCUCCGAUUUGGUCCAUGCAGCGAAGAGACGCAGAGUCGAAAAGAACUUUCCCGGAGCCAAAGUGAUCCUCGAGCAGAUAAAAACGGGCGCGAGGAAGAAGAGAAUCGGUUUGAUGCUCGGCCAGGGGCCGCCGGCUCGCGAGAGCGCGGCCAUUCUGACUCCAGAGGGUGAAAGAGUCGGUCACAUAACUUCCGGCGGACCAAGCCCGACGCUCGGGCGUCCUAUAGCUAUGGGUUACGUGCCAAUGGAUUUGGCCCAAAACGGCGGGGGCAUGCUGGUCGAGGUGCGAGGCAAAACUUACAAAGCAACUGUCACGAAAAUGCCAUUCGUCAAAACGAACUAUUAUACGGGAAAAUGACAUUGCGACUCGGCUCAACGACGAGUGUGAACUAUUUUUCGAUAAUAUUAAACCAAAUUUUUUUUCACGAGUGUCUAGAGAAGAAGAAUUGUGCUUUUCACCAUAGGAAAUUCGAAAAAUUCUGAGAAGCUCGAAUUUCGAUGAAUUUAUCAAUAGAAAAAAAAUGCUAAUUGAGAAAAAACACGGUUGCUACGACUGUUCGAAUAGUUCAACUCACCACGCUCAUUUUCCCACUGAAUCCAGUCGGAAAAAACAUGUUCGAAUAACUGCGAUGUUCCAACAGUUUGUGAGUUGCCGAGAAAAUGCGAGAUCCAAAAGUCACGAACAAUAAAAAAAGAAAAGAGCCAAACGAUUUAUCGUAGAACGUCGUGUGCAUGCGCGUUCGAGGACGGCCAGGUGGCUCAUAAAAAAAUCAAUGAAUACAUCAUGCAAACUCUGCCGCCCAAUCCAUUAUCGAAGAGAAUACCAACUUAUCGCAAAGAGGGGCGCUUACAUUCGAACCUAUCAUCAUCCCCCAUUAUGCAUGUUUUGCUACCACACGUAGCUCCAACUCUUGUGAACAGCGGAGGUCGUUAAACGUUUGCUUUAUUACUUAUUAAAACGACAAAAUAACCGUGAAAAAAAGUGGUACAAGAAUUUUGCUCGGUGCACUCGGUCGCAGUCGGCGUCGUCUCACAAUGUAUACGGUCGACUUAACUAUUUGCAUUGCACUAAACAUGCUGACCGUAAAUUCAACGUAUCAGGAUGGAUAGAAAAAGCGAGAAAAAAGAUCGAACGUACGACUGCGUGCUUCUGAAAAUUGGAUAAAUUUGGAAACUCCCAUAAUAACGAGUGCAAUAGAUAAUAAAGAUAUAAAAAAUCACAACUGA